CUGUCAACCAAAACAAACGCAGAAAACUCCGCCGUCUCCGCGAAUAAAGCCACCAAUUUCCAAGUUUAAUUCGUAAAUUCUUCGUCAUGGCUGGCUUCAACCCGGUGGAUAUGGUCGAUGAAGAUGCGGCCGAUUUACAGUUUCCGAAAGAAUUUGAAAACGCCGAAACGCUGCUGAUCAGCGAAGUGCACAUGCUGCUGGAGCAUCGCAAAAACCAAAACGAAUCCUCCGAGGAAGAGCAGGAGUUUUCGGAAGUGUUCCACAAAACGUACACCUACACCAACGAAUUCCGGAAGUUCCGCAACAAGGAAACCAUCGCCAGCGUUCGCAGUUUACUGAUGCAGAAAAAGUUGCACAAAUUCGAACUUGCGGCCCUGGGGAAUCUUUGUCCAGCAUCGCCCGAAGAAGCGAAGGCGCUCAUUCCGUCCCUUGAGGGUCGCUUCGAGGACGACGAGCUGCAACAGAUACUGGACGACAUCGGCACAAAACGUAGCUUGCAGUAUUAG